AUGGGACCUGGGGACGGGAGCCUGGACCUGCGUACCCCGGGCACCCCCCGCAUGCGUAUGGGCACUACCCGGGCCACCAGCACCCCGGGUACCACUACCAACAGCCACAUUACCACGGCCCAGACCCGGCAUACGGAGUCGUACAACGCAGCCUACGUGGAGCGCGCCUUCACCGCCACCCCGGCCAAGGCCCGGCCCCGGCUCCAGCUGGCCCUGAAGAGCAUCAUCGCGGAAGCCCAGGCGCAGGGUGAGCUCUGGAGGCGGGACUGGGACACCCUGCCCCUCCCCGACAUGCAGCACAGCGCCGAGGAUGCCGCGGUCCUGGUCAGAGAGACGGCGGCCUUCGCCCCCCAGCCAAACGUGGGUCACGAGCGGCGCCAGCGUUUCCUGGCCUCCCUGGACCGCGCCAACACCCAGGAGGAGCUGGACUGGGACGCCUUUGCCGUCAAGGGCACCUGCACGCGGCUGGAGAAGAGCUACUUCCGGCUCACCUCCGCGCCGGACCCGGCCACGGUGCGCUCGGAGCCGGUGCUCCGUGCAGCCCUGGACCAGCUGGUCGCCCGCAUCGCGUCGGGUCAGGCCGCCUACUUCUACGCGCUGGACCAGUUCAAGGGCCUGCGCCAGGACUGCACCGUGCAGCACCUGCGCAACGGCCUGGCGCGGCAGGUGUACGAGGCACACGCCCGCGCCGCGCUGGAGUACGGCGACGUGGCCGAGUACAACCAGUGCCAGGGCCAGCUGGCGAUGCUGGACGCGGCGGAUGCUGCUGCGGCAUACGUCGGCGAGCACGAGGCUCAGGACGAGGAACGCGGGCUCGCCAGCUGCCUGGCAUGGCUGGAGGAGUGUGGGGCGGUGACGGGCGUGGACGUGGAAGGGGCCGUCUUCCUCGACUGCAAGGCCAGCUCCGGGCGUCUGGCACGCCCGGCCGACAAGGAGGCCGUGGCGCACGGCGAUGCCAACCUGGACAUUGGGGAUUUCAUGAAGGGCAUGGGCAUGUAG